AUGAUGGAGCGAUCGCUCAAGCCGCGAUUGGCGGUCGCUGUUGAGCAAGCCGGGGGCCUCUCCCACCGGCAGCACGGCUUCAGAAAAGGGCACUCCACGAUUGAUGCGAUCGCCAAGGUGACCGGGGCAAUACGCCAGGCCGAAACCGCCUGUCAUAAGGCUAGGCCCAUAGAACUCCUCGUGACCCUCGACGUGAGGAACGCGUUUAAUUCGACUAGGUGGAGCGACAUGCUCUAUGCGCUCGAGCGGUCCUUCAGGAUAUCUCCCGUAUCUCGCAACGAUGAUGAGAGAUUACCUGAGGGACCGCCGGCUGUCCCGGACGAUAUCUGGGGUAAGCUGAAGGAAGUUGAUGCAGUAGAAUGCGCUCAACUGACACAGAUGCGUCAGGUACUUGAUACAAUGAAAGUUGCGACGGAGAAGCAACGCAACGUUUCAAACGCCAUUAAGGAGGGCAUUCCACGUUUGGGCGAACUGGUCGACAUUAUGACCUUCAGCAGAGUAACGCGUUGUAAAGCGAUAAGGGCGUUACAGGUAGCGCCUAUGUCCCCGGCCACACCUCCCCGCACUCCGGCUCCGAUUUGUCCUCCUCAAAAGAGGGGCAGGGCAGCGGUCUCCAGCCCGGAUGAUCAGGAGGAGGAGAAAAGGAGGAAAACGGUGGUCCAGGAAAUGGAAACCUGGACCACUGCUACAAAGAAGUGGGCAAAGAAGAAGAACUCCUCCGACAGCUUUGGGGCACCCCAAAAGGGGAAAAAUGCCGACACCCCGCCCAACUUAAAAAAGGGCGGGAAUAAGAAUAAGGAGCCUGCAAAGAAUCCGGGUGAAAACAAGAAACCUGAUGGGACUCAGGCUUCGAAGGCGACGAAGACGAAGAAGAAGAAGAAGAUGACGAAACCUCGCCAGCGCUCGAACCGGAGCACUAUGGUUGUCAAGCCAGUGGAGGGCAAGACUUAUGCGGAAGUCCUCGGGGCAAUACUUAAGAAAGUGCGCCCCGAGGAUACCGAGACGGUUAUCCGUACGGCUCGCAAAACGAAGGAGGGCGCCUUCCUCCUUGAGUUGGACCGCUGCGGUAACCAGAUUGCUCUCCAGCGGACGAUUCAAGAGGCCGUGGGGCAGUCCGGCGAGGCCGGGAUCCUCACCAGCCGUGUUCGGCUAGAAGUCCUGGACAUGGACUGCCUCACCACUUCCGCGGAAGUGGAGGAAGCGGUGCGGCGCGAACUCGGCGACGACAUGUGCGGUCAGCUCAAGGUCGCCGUUUUUGCGCCGAACGCGCGUGAGCUUCGAAUGGCGCUCGUCGAACUCGACGAAAAGCCGGCCCGAAAGCUCCUGGAAAAGGGGAAGUUGAGUGCAAGGGGCCGGACCGCAGCGGCCUCUGUUGGAAGUGCGGCCAACAGGGGCACAAGGCGACCGCCUGCACCGCCAAACCGUGCUGCUUCCUCUGCUCCGAUGGAGCAGAGGGUGAACAGCCCCUCAGCACGUUCCAGGCUCCGGGGCAUGCAAGGCGUUCCGGGUUGCCCUGGACAAGGCGAAGGGUCGGAAAGGACCUUCUUCGUCCUCCAGGGCAACCUAAACAGGAGUAGGGUCGCCGAUGAUCUGCUGACGCAGCUCGUUCACGAGCACCGUGCUAGCGUGGCGAUCAUCAGCGAACCCUACCGAACCAGAGCUAAUUGGCACGUAGACAGCUCCGGCUCCGCGGCGAUUUGGGUCGUCGACUCCCUUGUAAGGAUCGCGAAUCGUGGAGCUGGAUGCUGCUACGCGUGGGUGACGACGGAGCCACCCACAUUCGUGAGCUGUUACCUCUCCCCCAACGACAGUAGUCAGAGAUUCAGGGACAAGCUCGAGGCCCUUGAGGACGAUCUCCGCGAUAUCCCCGGCGGACUUGUUGUCGCCGGGGACUUUAACGCGCGGGCCAUAGAGUGGGGCAUGCCGCAACCCAACACCAGAGGUAAACUGGUGUUGGAGAUGGCUGCCCGACUCGGCCUUGUCGUCCUCAACGUCGGUACAACACCAACGUACCGGCGACCGGGCUUCGGGUAUUCGAUCCCUGAUAUCACGCUGGUGUCAGAGGAUCUGGUCCGCAAAGCCGUUGGUUGGAGGGUGAUGGAUGACUUCACCGGUAGUGAUCAUCAGUACAUCACCUUCCAGCUCAUCGACGCGACACGAAAGCAGCCAGCUGCUAGCGCGCGUCGACCAUCUGGCUGGAACGCAGCCAAGAUGGACGGUGAAAAAUUCGUCGCAACCUUGCUCGACGGCGCUCGGCACAUUCCACCAGUGCCCGAGGACGCCAAUGAUGUCGGCGCGGUGGACGCUCCAGUGGACGCAACCAUGGGGCUCAUCCACCGCGCAUGCGAUGCGUCCAUGCCUCGCAAGAGGCCUUGGAAAGGCAGGACGCAGGCGUACUGGUGGAAUGACCAGAUCGCCGAGCUCCGGUGGCGUUGCCAUCGAUUGCGCAGGUUGGCGCAACAUGCCGCCGGCCGACCUGAGGUGGCGGAAAAGGCUGCGGCUUACAAAGCCGCCAAAAAGGCCUUGGGCAAAGCCAUCCAGACGAGCAAGGAAUGCAGCUGGAAGCAGCUCUGCGACGAAGUGGACCAGGAUCCUUGGGGGAGAGGCCCCACCCACACAGGUCAUGGACCAAAGGAAGGCUCAGAAUGUCGUGGAUGCUCUGUUUCCGACCCAUCCAGUCACUGUGGGGAUCCGACCGACUGGCGGGGAGGAGGAGAAUAUCCCGCUGUUCAGCGCCGAGGAGCUCAUGCUCGCAGAACGCAGCAUGAAGUCCGGUAA